GUAAAGGAACUUUUUUUGGGCUGUCAGUCAAAGUAUUUUGGGAGAAAGACAACCGGAAUCGGCCAAAAUCGUUUUCAGCAGGUCAGACAAGUUAAACUUCAGUAACUCUCCUUUCAAACCUAAAGCCAACAAGUCAAGUGUGAGUUUGACAUUUCCCAUCAGGUUUAAUUUUUUAAGAAUUGAACGUACCACUAGCUCUAUGUAGAGGCAUUGUCUUUGAAUAGAUCUCUCUUUGAAAGGCAUGUUUACUUCCUGAUCUUCAGAUGACACCUUUUGAUUUUGCUCUAGUGGAUUGAUAUUUGUCUUUUCCUAAGGAUUUGCCCAACAGCUAUGAAUUAUAUAAUUAAGUGUCUGUAUUUUAAAUUGCAGCUUUAAAUGUCUCAUGCGAUGUGCAUCCUUUUAGACAUAGUAUCGCCCGCGACCAAAUGCUUUUUUUUGUUUGUUGAUGUUUGAGUCCAAAUGGUGUAAAGCCAGUUCUGGGUUAUUAGUUCACUUUUGUCAUGUAUUUACCUUUUACAUAAUUUAUUUUUCUUCAAAUAAUCAAAGCCACCCAGUCUGCCAGGAAGCGGCCAGGCGCAGGAUUCAUUUCUCUUGUGACAGCUAUCAUCAGCUUUAUAGCCUGCCACAGCUCAUUGCCUCCAUUCGGGUCUUAUAUUUUAAAAAUGAAAAUAACGACAACAAAGUUUUGCUUAUUUGCAAGAUUCUUCUUCCGAGCUACAAUGCACAACAGUAUUUUUUCCAUUCACUCUGCUGCUCAGCCAAUUUGCUGUUACUUGAUCCUCUUUAUCGUCUGCCUGCCAGAGGACACUCCAACUGGUCGAGAUGCUGGGCAACUGUAACUAAGGGGAAGGCAUAUCUGUGCUUAGCUGUCUUAUAUUAAGAAUCAAAUAAAAGUUCAAGAUCAACCUAGAGCCUCACGCAAAAAAAAAGACGACUCGUCAUUCUAGGACUAGCCAGCCAAAAUGCCCUUAUUUGCAUAUUAUAAAUUUGAUACAUUACCAAUUUAUAUAUACUUGUGUAAUAUAUGUGUGCAAGCUCCGACUGAUGAUCAAGUACACUAACAGGCAGUUGCUUUCCUUUUCCCCUGGAAGUAGAGACAGCGAAUCAAGCGACAUGUAGAUUUUUUGUUUGUUUGUUUUUUGUUGUAUGAGUGAAUAAAAUAAAUAAAUAUAAAGAGAAAAGAGUUGAGAGGAAGAAGUGGGACUUGCAGAGAGGAAAAAUAGGAGGAGAGAAAGCACAGGGCUUUAGUUAAUAGAAAACAGACUGUGAGAGAUAAGUAAUAUGUAAAUAGGAAAUGUAUCCAAAUUUACCUCACGGAAAAAGCCAGUGUGAGGGACAGAAUAAUGUGGCAGGGAGCCUCAGGUGCAGCUGGGAUGGGAGGAGGCGGGACAAUGAGCGAGAGGCUGAGGGAUAGGGAGCGAGAAAAUGGGAGGGUUUGUGUGUGUGUGUGUGUGUGUGUGUGUGUGUGUGUGUGUGUGUGUGUGUGUGUGUGUGUGUGUGUGUGUGUGUGUGUGUGUGUGUGUGUGUGUGUGUGUGUGUGUGUGUGUGUGUGUGUGUGUGUGUGUGUGUUUGUAUGUGUGUGUGGAAAGAGAGAGAGAUUGAGUGUGCAAGCUAGAGUGAUCGUGUGGAGAGGGAGGGAAAGAAGUGUAAGCCAGUCACAGCAUCUCUCCUCACUGCACCAGGGCUGAGGGACUCUUCGUCCCCUUGCUUCCCUCGCUGCAGUUUUAAGUCAUUUCCAUCAGCACAGUCAUCUUUUUUUGUCUUGCUUUUUAUUUGCUGCUUUUGAUAGAUACCUUGCCUGCAGCUCUUUUUUAAUCUGAGCAUCUAAGGAUUAAUUUAUUGAAAAUGUGGGUAGACCGGUUUAAAGGAAUUUAACGGGGGAUGUUUGCAGAGGACAGUGAUCAAAACUGGGACUCCGACUUGGACUUGGUCUGCUCUUUGUGCUGCCGGAGUGGAUUCCCCUUUUUGUCGUGCUGCCAGUGUUUUGUUCAUGGGGCAGGAAUAUUGUGAGAAGAGUUGAAGGACCCCAUACCCCAGUAACAAAACAAAGUGCAUAUUCAAUGGACUGAAUCAAGUUAGAAAAUCUAUGGUUACAUUAGGCACUUGAAGAGAUGCUGUUUUGCCUCACUUGCAAAUGCUUCAGAAUGAAACAAGUAAGAAGUUUAUUGGAUGAAUAAGUGUAUUGUGGAUUGAUCCCGACACCCAUCUCUACAAGCGUCUCCCACAGGAUUGCUGAGGAGUCAAAGUGAGUGGAGCACUGAGUUAUUCAGCUGGCCUCUCAUUGCUCAAGGAGAGUCCUUCCACCUGCCUGUACGACAUUCAACACGUUCAUCAACUGCCAGACCUUUACAUUUGUUUGUCUUUCGCAACUUGCAGUCCGGAACACUGAGAGGCAAGUUUGCACAUUUGGAUUUAGACAUUUUGAAUAGUUUUUUACGGCAGCACUCAUCCAGACAUUUUGACGCUCUUGUUUUUACCUCAGUACUGCCGAGGGAUGCCUUUGAAACACAUUUGCCCCCAGCGCCAUGUGUGCUGAAAGAGCUGUGACAUUAUCUCCUGCGGAGAUCCCAAUGUUAUUCUAGCCUGUGUCUGUGUUUUGAUUCAGACAAUAGCUGGGCAUUCAGGGGCUCCGGACACUGACCAGAGGACCACCAAAAUAAAGGAAGCCUGCAGUUACAUAGUAAACACCGAAACACCCAUGGCACAAUAAAGCUUUGCAUUGAAUUGUCCGGUUAAUGAGCUGACAUGUCAUUUUGGUCCAAAGACUUUGGAAAUCACAAUAAGAAACUUUUUUGUCACUCCUAGCAAUUUUUGCCCCUUUUUUUUAUUUGAAACGACACUGCAUUUAAAAAAAAUCAGAUUUAUAGAUGUCACAAAGGAUGUUUUUGUUCCCUGUGAGGACCCGAGUGCUUUGCGUCAUGGUGUAACCUCUUCAUAUUGUGUCAUGUCUUGGAUAUUAUGUGUUCUCUGCCUUUGUUAGGACAGUUAAUGCCCUCAGUCUCCUGGAGGCAACCCUCAUUAGAAACAGAAGAUGAGGCGAGAGACCGGCAGGCAAAGCAGCAUUGAAACUCACCUUCUGUAUAGAUUCUGCCAGCAGCACAAGGGGGUCUACUACUCGACUGAAGGAAUACAGCCCUUUUUUCUCCCACCCCUGAGCGUUACUCACCUACUACUUUCACUAGCCAUGAGUGAUUGGAAGAGGAGAGCUAAACAGGUUGUCCUACCCUCCCAGAGGCUGUAUUGAUUUCUCUCCACUCAGUGUUCAUUUGACUGAGACCCAGCUAUGUGAGCGUAAGGUCAGAGAGACCGACCGUGAUAUAGUAUUGAGCUCCAUUACCUGUUGGAGGCGUCAGACACCCUGUGAAGAGCAGGUAGGGGGUAGGUGGUUCUCCAGUUUCAGACCAGCUGCCUUAUGGGUGACACAACACAAGCCUGACCCACCUGGAUAGUACCUAGAACAAUGAACCAGUCUGAACUGACAACAGACCCAGUGCUCACUGCCAAUAGCAGCCAUGUAGACUUCUUUCCUGGGAUGGCCUCCAAUCACUCCUGCCCCUUGGGCUGGGGGCUGAAUGAAGGCCUGGAGGCCUGUGUCCUGGAGACUGCUGUCAUCGUACUCCUGACAGUGCUCAUCAUUGCCGGGAACCUGACGGUGAUCUUUGUUUUCCACUGUGCCCCGCUACUACACCACUACACAACCAGCUACUUCAUCCAGACCAUGGCGUAUGCUGACCUGCUGGUGGGUCUUAGCUGCCUGGUUCCCACCCUGUCUCUGCUCCACUACCCAGCAGGAGUCCAAGAGCCAAUCACAUGCCAGGUUUUCAGCUAUAUCAUCUCUGUUCUAAAGAGCGUUUCAAUGGCCUGCUUGGCUUGCAUCAGUGUGGAUCGUUACCUGGCCAUAACUAAACCCCUAUCAUACAACCAGCUGGUGACGCCAUGCCGGCUACGAGGCUGCAUCACCCUAAUCUGGGUCUACUCUAGCGUUGUUUUCUUGCCCUGCUUCUUCGGGUGGGGAAAGCCAGGCUAUCAUGGGGACAUUUUUGAAUGGUGUGCUCACUCUUGGCCCACCUCUGCCCUUUUUACAGGCUUUGUUGUGUGUUUGCUCUAUGCACCUGCUGCGCUUGUAGUUUGUUUUACCUAUUACCACAUCUUUCGCAUCUGCCAGCAGCAUAACAGAGACAUUAGUGAACGGCGGGCACGCUUCCCAAGUCAGGAGAUGGAGGCUGGUGAGGGGGGUGGUGGUGGGCAUCACGGAGGACAUGGACCAGAUCGACGAUAUGCGAUGGUGCUAUUCCGCAUCACCAGUGUUUUCUAUAUGCUUUGGCUGCCCUACAUAAUCUACUUCCUGUUAGAGAGCUCCCAUGUGAUGGAUAGCCCUGCCCUCUCCUUCAUCACCACCUGGCUUGCCAUCAGCAACAGCUUCUGCAACUGUGUUAUCUACAGCCUGUCUAAUAGUGUGUUCCGUCUAGGCAUGCGUAGGCUCUCACAGACAAUUUGCUCUUUCAGUCACUGUGCAGCUGAUGACAGAGACUUUGGGGAACCUAAACCAAGGAAGAGGGCAAAUUCAUGCUCCAUCUGAAGGGAAGCUUUUUACAGGGUCAGGAUUCUCCUAAAAUCAAUGUGUAGGAAACAUACCAUUCGACAAGCUUAUCUGCUAGUAUACUUUCAGUUUAAUUGGCAGGAUUUAACCAAACAGAAAAUAAUGUCUGUUGUAUAAGCCUGUCAGCUGACACCAGUGACAUUGCCGUGGUCACAAUAAACCAUGGUUUACUGCAUUAAAAGCUUUUCAAGGAGAUGGGGGCAAUGUCUUCAAAGAGAGAUUAAAUGGUCUGGGCACUCUGUAAUGGUUUAUAUUCUAUGGUAAGUGACUAAAUCGUGGAUAACUUAGAAAGUAGUCUCAACAUGACAUUCUUUGCCUUUACAUUUCACUGUAUGCCAUAAGCCAGUUUAGACAUUGUGAGAAACAAAAAAAAAUCCUCUCAACAAGUUUGACCACACUAUUUCAUGCCUGUUAAGAUUGAAACACAUUUUGUUUGAUGUUUCUGUGUUUUCUAUGACUGUCAACAGCAGUGUCAAGAUACUCUUCACUUAAUUGUGCUCAAGGCCUUAUUCAAAGAAAACCAUGGAAAUGAAACUGUUUGAACACAGAUACACUUAUGACAGUUACUAUGCUGCUGAUAACUAACAGAUGGCUUUAUGGCCCUGACUGUUUUCACGAGGAAAGUUUAUUUCUGCUAAACUAUGUUGUGUUGAAUAUAUUCCUUUACGUUGGACAGGUGAACACAUGCUGAGAGACAUGUAAAAAAAAAAGUUUAUUUUUUUCUUUUUAAAGAGAUUGGCCUAAAGCCAAACUGACAGUUGUUAGUAAAAGGAGUAAAGUUGUUUACAUAGACCUUGUAAAAAAAAACAUGGUACAUAAUGUAACUGUGCGGGGCAAUCUCUAUUGGUUGAACUCCAAUCUGGCACAACUUCAACACAGAUCUUAAUAAUGACAGUAGAACUAAUCAAAAUUUAACAUCUCCAAAACAGAAGUCAACUGAAAAGAAAUGCUGUUUACACUGUUUACCAAUUGAAAUAUCAGCUAUUUAUGAUUGGUCAACAAUGACCGGUAAACCCCAACUUAAAGCACUUUUUUUGCAGAAUUCAGACCAAGGGUGUGUUUAGUUUACAUCAAGGCCUCUAUAUUUAGGGCAAUAAAUUGAAGCUCUAGGCAGAUUACUACCCAGGACUCAGAGGUGUUAUCCCCCUUAUGCUUUUGAAUUGGCCCAUGGGUACCAGGAUUCUCAUCAUUGCUAUGGCAUUCCUGGUAUGACUGUUUUUUUAGUAUUCUGCUUACCGUUUGAUGCAUGAUUGCCAUCUACAACCAGAAAAUAAAUACUACAUCCCAUCCUCCUGUGUAUAUUGAGGGACAUUUAUCCUAGAUAGAUUACAAACAGAAAUAGCAAAGCAAAAUGCCAUUUUCACAUUAUUAAUUUUUUUAUAAUGUACAAUGCCAAGUAUGCUAAAACAUUUUAUCUAUAGCCGUCUCCAAUUGAGCUGACUUGAAGACAUAUUUUUCAUGCACCUCCUUCCCUUGCUUUUAUCCCACUCACAAACUUGGCCAUGUCACAAAGAUGAAACAAAUGUCAUGGUACUGGCAGUGAAGACAUGAGGAUGUAGCUUGGUUUUGUUGUGCUUUGCCUCAUGGACAAAGUCAUUGUUAAAGAUAAGAAUGGAUUUAUUUUCAAGUAUAGGUGGACAAGUGCUUGGAUUGACAUAUUCUGAUCUUUCUGGUGCUAACUGUGAGGUUAGAUUUUAACUGAUCUGAAAUAACAUGCUUAGCCUUAGUAAAUGUUCAAGGCUAUUAGUAUCUUAUCUAAUCCUUAACCAUCCUUGAUACUUUUAGCUGUGCCAGUUGUGUUACUGAAAAGCAAGAUAAGUUGCGGCCCUUAAACCACAGGCCUGUGUUUUCUGGACAUAGUUUUGUAAAUGAAUACAGCAGUGUUCACAGAGGUGGAGUCCUUGUUUAAGGUUUCUUAGUUGAGAUGGGUAGUAAACAAUUCCUGAUUCAUGCAUACAUUCCAGCUUGGUUAAAAUCUUCCGAAUGUUUCCCAGACUGGAGCUUUUAAUAUACAAACUGCCAAUGAUGUGUGUAGUUAAAGCAACCUACCGAUGCCUAUGGUUAUGAUUCUCACUCUUUGUUGCAGAGUCGUAGUGUAUUAAUUCCAGUCAGUUUACCUUGUACAUUCCCUCGAUCAUUGGAUUAGUGUCCGAUGAAAAUUCAUUUCACAUGAACACAGCCUCGUGCUGUAGCCAAUGACUGAUACUGAUUUCACUGUUUGCUCAUGUUUAAGUGUGUACUUGUCGAGUAUAUUUGUGCUUGCUAGAAACCAAGUGACAGCAAACCCAGCCCCUUGAUAUUGUAUCUGCAUUCCCAAACAGUUUUCUGUGUAGGUCAUUCCUCAUUUUAAAGCUGCAUGAAGCGAUUUGUGACGACAAGGGGCAGAAAACCUUUUAUAUAAUAAGCCUUUAGCUUCUUGUGCAUAAGGUGUAUGUGAGCAAGCAAAUUGCAUACUUACACCUCCAGCAGAGACUGAGGUAAAUGAACAUUAUAUCCCAGGUCCUUUCAUGCCAUCAACAUGAAUGUAAGUACAAUAUCGUUUUAAUUCCAAGGAUUGGUAAACAAAAAUUACCAACAGAAAUAUAUCCUUCUCUUUGAGGCUAUUUACAUGAACAUCCCCAGCUUCUUUUGUCUUUGGUUCUGCAGUCUCCCGUUAGGCAGGUAGUCUUUAGUCCUCUUGAAAUGACCUCAGAGUGGUGGCCCAUGGUUUAUACUGUGCUGGCAUUGUUUUGGUUUCUCUGGGUCAGACACAAAGGUAACCAAAUCAGUGAAAUAAAUGCCCAGGUGUAAAGCUGCUAAAAGGUUGUUGAUUCUAAGUGGGACCAUCAGUGUUCAUCACCCUUUAACAUAAUCAGAAGGUUUUUCUUAUCUAGUGAUAGUAUUUGAUAAAUUGCUUUACGCAGCUUUUAUGUAUUACAGAUUGUUCUGUGAACGUGCCUAAAGAUGUUUUUUAUAGGAACGUAAAAAAAUAAAUUUCGAGAAGUACCGUAAUUCUAGUAACAUGGACAUGCUGCAUUUUUAAAAAAUAUUGUCAAGCUACAUGAACAUACAAGAUAUCAUACGUUGAGACUGUGUACACAUCUGAAGGUACAUUGUCAUUGCAUCUAUAUGAUCACUUCUUCAGUAUUUAAAAAUGAGCCAAGAAUGGGCCAAGUCAUUCAUUCUUUACAGUUACUCUGAUUCUGCCUUCACAUGGGUUAAUCUCAUAUUAUCUUAGUCUACACAAUAUCUGUAAGAUAAGAGGAGACUGCAGAUUUCUAAGUCCUUUAAAUUUCUUUUUUGUAGCCAUAUGACCUUGCAUAUACACUGAGAAACUGUAGGCAAUCACAGCAAGGUCGUGUCAAAUAAUAUGCUUAAAAAUUAUUUUUUUAUUCUUUUGAUAGCUUGUGUUUUUUGUGCUUGUAUCGAGCAUAGUGCAGUGGGGUAGUAGAAGAAAUUAAUCUGAAAUAGUGCUUUAUUAACUUCAAAAUAUGGAAAACACAACAACAACAACAACAACAACAUAUACGAUAAAGCAAAAUUCUGUUACAGUCUGAAGGUGAAUAGCUCAGUUGUUUCAAUAUAGAUAAAGUUGGUAUGUUCCAUUCAAGUGGAGAUUUCAUUAUGUGGUCAAACAUUGAACAAAUAAUCAUUUUUGGUUGGGUUGCUUUGUUGCCGGUUAUGUAAAAUGCUUGUCUAGUCUUAAGGUUUUGAAACUCAGAUUGCAAACAAAAUGAAUAUUUAAAAAAUUGAUUGUUUUUCUGUGACUGUAUUACACAGACCAAACUGAAGUGGUAGAAAAACAAACCUGAUGAAACAAGUUGUUCUACUUUCAAGUGCAUUUAUCUUGACUUUUUGUAAAGAAAAAAAAAAUAGAUUACAGGAUAAUAUGUAUUUAUUUAUUAAGUUAUGUUUAAACCUGACAGAAUAUACUGUAUAUGGGUAUACUGUAUUAAAAGUGUGCGUAUCUGUUUCUAUUUGACCGUCAGACAUCUGACAAAUUCAGACAAAGGUUUGGAAAAACCUAUUUGCGUUAGAUAUUCUAGGCUUCUGAUGUUUUUGAGUAGGAGGCAGAGUGUGUAAAACUAAACAGCAUAUAUUUUUUUAUUUUAAAAUAUUGUCAAAGGCUAUGGUUUUGUUGUUGCUGCCAACCCAAUAAAGGAGAAAAAGAGUAGACAUUAAACACUGUGUAGUUGCUUUUGUGGAAUAACUGUGAUUGUGUAGACAUAACCAUCAGUUAGCCAGCUUUCAUCCAUAACCAAUAGAACUCUCCAGAACUCCUACGACUGACACUUAUUUUAAGGAAUAAUAAAGAGGGUGGGGAUGUAGGCUUGUGAUUCUUGACUGCCAGACUGCAUCCCCAGACUUGAAGGAAUCAGUACAAUGAGGUAAUGCCUGCCUCUGCAAUCAUUGUUAUGUUCUAAAUGGAUGAAUCUUGAGCAAGAUGGUUUGUUGGACAAUCAUUACCUUUGUAAAGUCAUGCAUGGGGUGGUUAUGGUACCACAAUAUGAUACACUACACAGUAUGUGGCCUAGGUCUAGGAUAUAUAGAUAAAAUCUUUGUACAUUCUCUAAUUCAGUUGUACAUUGAAUUGUACAAUGACAAAAACUUUUUAUGAUUACAUCCAUGUAUCAUGAAACAUCAUGAUGUCUGACUAACAGAAGAGUGCAAAAUCCCCCUAAAAAUGUUGGUGUCAGUUCCACCUCUUAUCAUCCAUCAUCUCCUAGCUUCUUUUUACUGUUCUUCAAAAUGAUCCUGCUGACUUCU